GUGUACUCUUUACUAGCAUCAUCUGCACUUCCUGCUUACGUCCAAGCGCACAACGUCGGAAAGAAAACAAGAUGCGGUAGUUGAACUUCACUGAAGAGUUGUGACCAAUGACACCUUUAUUAACGUGUCACUAAAUGCAAUUUCUGUGGAGCCAAGGCGUGUGGCAGUAAUAGAAACUGAAACAUGCAGUUCUCUCCCACCAACGGAGAUUUCACGUUCGUGUCUUCGACCGAGGCUGAAGAACUCAGCGGCACCAUCAGCACUCCAGAUGUUAAACUGAAUAUAGGCAGUGACAGUGGGAAGGACCCGUAUGCCACCACCUUCCUGAGACAACGAGGCUACGGCUGGCUGCUGGAGGUGGAGGAAGAGGACAAUGAAGAGAGCAAACCUCUUCUGGAGGAGCUGGACAUUGAUAUAAAGGACAUCUAUUACAAGAUUCGAUGUGUGCUGAUGCCAAUGCCAUCACUGGGUUACAACCGGCAGGUGGUUAGAGACAACCCAGACUUCUGGGGCCCUCUGGCUGUGGUGCUGCUCUUCUCCAUGAUCUCCAUCUAUGGACAGUUCAGGGUUGUGUCUUGGAUCAUCACCAUCUGGAUCUUUGGAUCAUUAACCAUCUUCCUGCUGGCUCGUGUUCUUGGUGGAGAGGUUUCAUACGGUCAGGUCCUCGGAGUGAUCGGGUAUUCCCUUCUUCCUCUCAUCGUCAUAGCCCCUCUGCUCUUAGUGAUUGGAGGCUUCGAGGUGGUUUCUACACUAGUCAAACUUUUUGGAGUUUUCUGGGCUGCAUACAGCGCUGCUUCACUGCUUGUCGGAGAUGAAUUUAAAACAAAGAAGCCCCUUCUCAUAUAUCCCAUUUUCCUACUGUACAUCUACUUCCUGUCGCUAUAUACUGGAGUGUGAUUGGAUGACCUGGAGCUGUGGACCUUUUCAUGGACAGUUACCCUGGAGCAUGGGUGGGGGGGGGGAAACAAAAAAACCUACAAAACCAGGAUUUUUUUAAAACUCUGUCAUUCUAGAUGUUGGGGAAGUUGGGAAUAUAUACUAAUGUAUAUAGUUUUUCCUUGUCUUUGGUCAAUAAAGUGCAUAUGCUUUUGCUGCUUAAACCUUGGUAUGCAGACUUAUCCAUCACCAGUGCAAUACAGAUCCCAGAGCCCUGCGUAAACCUGUAGUUCUUGGGUCUAGAAAUAAGUCCAGGCCUGGAUAUUAAUGUCAUAUUUUUAAAAAUCCUAAUCACACUGAGGAAUAUGGUGCCAAAUAUUUAUGUAUGUUUGUGCUGAUCCUUAUUGUUGUGCACUGUAGCCAGAAAUGUUCAUUUAUGCUUUUCCCUUUUUACAGACAUGUUAAUUUAUAGAUUUCAGCAGUGGGUCAAUCAGAAGGAUAUAAACCAUUGUCUACUAAAUGUGGUGCCUUGUUCUCUAAACCCUGAGUCUUUUUUAUGCAGGACUAUACUCGUUUGAUCAAUAAUACAGUAAAUUUGUAGAGUAAUUUGUCUCUAAACCAUCUGGUGUCUCAUGACUCAUCACUGCUUUACAGUAAACCCAACUUUGUCACACUUAA